AUGGCUCACGCCUCUUUGGGCACUCACUCCCAAAAACUAGCCGAUAGAAAUUCCUCCGACAACCCCUUCCAAACUCCCCCAAUCCAACAACCGACUGCUCACGUUGCUCGUGUGAGAUGCGAUCAGUGCUUUGCAUCACACUUCUCGUUCAAGAACUGUGUUCUCUCCGACCCCGCCGACUAUCGAUCCCCCUGCAACUACUGCUUGAGGACCAAAAAAACUUGCACGUACGAUCGUCCCCAAAUCCAGCCAAAAGCCGAGAGCAAAGCCGCAAGCAUGGAGGCCGAGCAAGCUCCUGAUGCCGCGAAGCCAGAGACUACCAUGGUCGCAAAGCCAAAAGCCGCAGCUACGCCCAAGGACGCGUCAAAGCCGAAGAAAGCUGGUGCACCGAAUACCAAGUCUACAUUGAAUAAGGUCCAACGUGGUCGCGUCGAGAAGCCGGCUCCACGAACUCGUGCUGUCCCAAAGUCCUAUACUGAGCUUUCCGUGAAUGACGACAAGGAGAAGGACGAUCGAUUGUCCCAGAUUGACGGAGACAAUGAUGAGGACAUUAAUGAGGACACCAAUGAUGAAUUAUCCCAGAUGGAGGGGGAAAAUGACAAGGACAUUGAUGAGGUCACCAACGAUCAAUUGAACGGCGAGGAAGGAGAACAAUCUGCGGAUGAGGACGAAACUGAGAACGACUAUCCCGGCCCCCGUUUGACUGGCAUCGUCAAUGGAUUCGAUCUGUCCGAGCUCACCCCGUUGGCCUAUCGCGUUCUGGAGGGUAGAGGCUAUAUCCGUAAUGGACAAUGGAUGGGAGGAGUUUGA